GGGGAUCUGCGUGGAAGAGGCACGAUCGCCCCAAUAAAAAGGCAAUAACUGGAAAAAUUAGCCCGGGCUCGGCGCCUUUUGCAACCGGGCGCCCGCGGGCGCAGACCGAGAACCAGCCUCCGGGAAGGCGGGCGAGGCCGGCCACUCCCCGGGGCGGUCCCUACCCAUCAGCCUGCGCCGAUUCCGGCCCUCCGGCGGCAUGAACGAAGACGAGGCGGAGGGUCCUCCGCGACCGGCCCUUUGCAAGGACAUGUGCCCGGCGGGGGAGUUCUGGCGGCGGCGGCGCCAGAAGCGGCUGCACCGGCUGGAGCUGGAUCCGGAUCGCAAACCGGACCCUGCGCGGGCGGUGAAGGAGUUCUCCCGCCCGGCGGCCGGCCAGGCUCCCCCGCCGCCUGGCGACCUGCGCCCGCCGCCGGUCCUUCUGGCCACCGUGCAUCACCUGCUGAGCCCAUCGGUGGCCGAAGCCGACCAGGUGUCCCCGGCCGAGCGCUUCGCCUUCGUGGCCGACCGGUUGCGCGCCGUCCGGCUGGAUCUGGCCCUGCAGCGCCCGCCCGCCGCCCCUUGCGCCGCCCUGCUCGAGCGCGCCCUGCUUUAUCUGCUCCACACCGGAGCCCGGCUCUGCAACCAGGCGCCCGCCCGCUUCGACCCCCACCUGCACGACGGGCAGCUGCGCGAGACCUUCGCCGCCCUGCGCCGCGCCUACCGCCGGCCCGGCGCGCAUCCUGCACAGCCCCGCUUCCAAGCGCUCUUCUUGCUCUACCACCUGGGCUCUUCGGAUGCCCUCUGGCAGAUACUCCAGCUGUCCGAUGACAUCCGAGCGUCUCCCGAACUCAAGGCUGCCCUCGACAUCCACUGGGCUUUCCUGGAACGCAAUUUUGCCCGUUUCUUCCGCCUGGCCCGGCAGCUCCCUUACCUCCCCAGCUGCGCCCUCCAUCCGCACCUGGCUAAGACGCGGCGUGUGGCCUUGCUCACUUUCAGCCACGGCUUCAAUGCAAAAAACUGCCGGUAUCCCCUAGCCCGGCUGACCCACCUGCUGGCUAUCGACAGCCCGGAAGAGGCCGCUGACUUAUGCCGGGCGCACGGCUUGACCAUAAUCGAGGGCAGUGUCGUCUUCCAGAAAAGCUCCUUCAGCGACUCCGCUCCGUUGGAAAACCGGAUUUCCAUUCUUCUCGUGGACGGGAAAUGGAAAGGGACCCUGUUGGAUCUCUCGGAGAGGGUCUGCAGCUGAGGCGGGGUGAGGGUUUCACGCUGUGGCAGGUGGCCGCGAGUCUCAUUUUCACGCACGAAAGAAUAAUCUGACUUGAAACGCCGGCUGCGGGUUUGCAAAUCUCUUCCCCCACCCCGUAUGUAGAAAGCUACCUCCUCAGGGGAAGCUGCUGGAAGCUGUUGUUUACAGCCUCUCAAUUGCGCCUCCUUGUUCUGCUUAUACGGGUAACCGGCAUUUGCUGCUUGUGUUAGAGCAGCGUUUUUCAACCUCUGCAAGUUUAAGAUGGCCGUAUUUUAACUCCCAGAAUUCCCCAGCCGGCAAGCUUUAAGCAUAUGGGCUUUAACUCCCAGAAUUCCCCAGUUGGCAUGCAUUAAGAUGAAUGGACUUCAACUCUCAGAAUUCCCCAGCUAACUAACUUUAAGCAAAUGGACUUCAACUCCCAGAAUUCCCCAGUUAGCAUGCUAUAACAUGAAUGGACUUCAACUCCCAGAAUUCCCCAGGUAGCAAGCUUUAAGCAUAUGGACUUCAACUCCCAGAAUUCCCCAGUUAGCAUGGAUUAAGAUGAACGGACUUCAACUCCCAGAAGUCCCCAGCCAGCAAGCUUUAAGCAUAUGGGCUUCAACUCCCAGAAUUCCCCAGUUGGCAUGCAUUAAGAUGAAUGGACUUCAACUCCCAGAAUUCCCCAGGUAGCAAGCUUUAAGCAUAUGGACUUCAACUCCCAGAAUUCCCCAGUUAGCAUGGAUUAAGAUGAACGGACUUCAACUCCCAGAAGUCCCCAGCCAGCAAGCUUUAAGCAUAUGGGCUUCAACUCCCAGAAUUCCCCAGGCAGCAUGCUUUAAGCAUAUGGGCUUCAACUCCCAGAAUUCCCCAGUUGGCAUGCAUUAAGAUGAAUGGACUUCAACUCUCAGAAUUCCCCAGCUAACUAACUUUAAGCAAAUGGACUUCAACUCCCAGAAUUCCCCAGGUAGCAUGCUAUAAGAUGAAUGGACUUCAACUCCCAGAAUUCCCCAGGUAGCAAGCUUUAAGCAUAUGGACUUCAACUCCCAGAAUUUAUUUAUUUAUUUAUUUAUUUUUAUUGUUUAUAUUUAUAAUUUCCCAGUUAGCAUGCAUUAACAUGAAUGGACUUCAAAUUCCAGAAUUCCCCAGCCAGCAAACUUUAAGUAUAAGGGCUUCAACUCCCAGAAUUCCCCAGUUAGCAUGCAUUAAGAGGGCUGGAUUUCAAUACCCAGAAUUCCCUAGCUAGCGUGCUUUUAAGCAUAGUUGGCUGGGGAGUUUUGGGAAUUGAAGUCCACCCAUCUUAAAUCUGCAGAGGUUGAAAAACAUAGUAUUAAAGACACAUAUCGGUGCUUCGAUGCGUUAUGCGUGCUAUUUUAUCACACUGGAAUAGUCGUGCAAAAAAUAGAACAAGGCCACUCUCUUGCACAUGGUUAGCUGUUAAGGGCGCCCUUUUUCUCAGCCACAGGCAGCGUGCAAUAAUCGUAGGCGUGGCCUGUUGAUGCCCUGUUUUGUUCGCGAGAAAAGCCAGUGCCAAAAUUCUCGCUAAUUUUAUUUUUUCGGGGCUGAAAUUGUUCAGGUUUUCCAAAUGUGGCUGCACUUCCCGAGCAGUUCAGUGUUGUGGAAAACAGGAAAAUGUAUUUCAUCAGCCUUUCCAUGGCUGCCUCACUGCUGUGGAUGAACUACAACUCCCAGCAUCCUUCACUGGCCAGCUGCAGUUAGCCACAUCUGGAAAAGUGGUGUUUCUUAAUUCUGAAAGAAGAAAAAACUGGGGGGCAGCUGCUGUUUGGAGAAAUUUUCCCCAUUUUCAAAACUUUUGGAGAGCCAUUUCUCUAACAUGGUUGAGGGUCUCCUGCUUGAGCAGUGGGUUGGACUAGAUGGCCUCUGAGGUCCCUUCCAACUCUGUUAUCCUUUCAAAACAUUGAUGUUGUUGAACGCUUCACACAAAUGGUGUUUGAGGAGUCUGUGUUACGGUUUGGUUUUGUUUUUUCCCUUCAAGAGGUCUGUAGAAGUCUCUUCAGUUGCAGACCAGAUAAAAACAUUGCGGUUAGCCUGUGGAACGCUGUGCCUCAGUAUUUUUUUUUAUGGAACGAAAGCACCCUUAAAAGAGACAAUUUCCCUUUCCAGAGUUUCCUUUCCCUGGAAUAUUUAUUAUUUCCCUAAAAAGGAAGGAGAUGAGUCUUUUCAAAUGUGAUAAAUUAAAUAAAAUACCCAUCUUCCA